CUUCAUUCCACUCUUCUUGUUUGCAUGGUUUCUGAAGAGAGAAGUCUGAUGUAAUUCUAUUCUUGCUUUGCCAUAGGUGCGUCGGUCACCGUCUCGGCGGUCAGGAACGGCGCCCGGACUAGCGCGGGAACGUGGGUGCCGGAGUCCCGCCCUCCCCUCCGGCAGGUGCACAGUCGUGUGAUAUCCUUCCUGGAUACCUCCUGCUCCUCUGACCUAUUGCAGCUCUGGUAUUUUAGCAACAAUCCACCAGCUUGACCCUUGAGCAAAACCCAUGGAAGCCAUUGAUGGAAGUCACAGGGCUGAAACUUUCUUUGCAUCUAAUAAAGCUCUUGAAAAGUACAACAAGUUGAAAGUGAACCAGCUUGCUCUCGGGCAGGACCAGAGCCAUGAGCAAUAACGGAACAGACCUCACCACUGGUUUCAUCUCCUCUAUUGCAGCCAUCCUUUUGUUUGGCUCAAACUUUGUACCACUUAAAAAAUAUGAGACUGGCGAUGGAAUGUUUCUCCAGUGGGUACUUUGUGCUGCCAUAUGGUUGGUUGCCUUGGUGGUCAAUCUGAUAUUACAUUGCCCUAAGUUUUGGCCUUUUGCAAUGGUUGGGGGCUGCAUUUGGGCAACAGGAAACAUUGCGGUUGUCCCAAUUAUCAAAACCAUUGGUUUGGGCCUUGGAAUCUUAAUCUGGGGAUCAUUUAAUACCUUAAUCGGCUGGGCAAGCUCAAGGUUUGGCUGGUUUGGAAUGGAUGCGGAAGAGGUGUCAAAACCACUGCUCAAUUACAUCGGAGCUGGGCUGUCAGUAGUAAGUGCUUUCAUAUUUUUGUUCAUCAAAAGCAAAAUACCAAAUAACACAUAUUCUGUGGACACCACACCAUUAAUAACAGAGCAUGUGAUUAACAAAACUCAAGAUCCCGAUCCUGAUUAUUCCUGGGUGGAUAAACUUUCUACAGUGCAAAACCGCUUAGUGGGCUGCAGUCUCGCGGUAAUAUCUGGAAUACUCUAUGGAUCUACAUUUGUGCCAAUCUUUUACAUCAAGGACCACAGCAAGAGAAAUGAUAGUAUAUAUGCAGGGGCAAGUCAGAACGAUUUAGACUAUGUUUUUGCACACUUCAGCGGCAUCUUCCUCGCAAGUACAGUCUACUUUCUGGCCUACUGUAUAGCCAUGAAAAAUAAUCCUAAACUAUAUCCCAAAGCAGUCUUGCCAGGAUUCCUGUCUGGAAUACUCUGGGCCAUUGCUACCUGCUGUUGGUUCAUAGCGAACCACUCCCUCAGCGCUGUGGUCAGUUUUCCAAUCAUCACUGCUGGUCCAGGAUUUAUAGCUGCAAUGUGGGGUGUCUUCAUGUUUAAGGAAAUACAGGGUCGACAAAACUACCUGCUGAUGAUACUUGCAUUUUGCAUCAUCUUGGCUGGAGCCUUAUGCACAGCUUUUUCUAAAAUCUAACAACCACAAGGCCAGCAGAUGGCAGCAGUGCUUGAGAACACGCCUCUCCUGGACACAGAGACUGUGCUGAGAACAGGGUUCAUGUUCAUACGGCAAAUGGAUCUCCAUCCAUCCCGGAUUAGGGUAGAUGAUUUUUUUUUUCCCCACAAAUGUGAGAAUGAAGGAAAACACUUUCAGUCGAGCAUAAAAAUGAGAAAUUCUUCUAAUGAACUUAUUUAUGAAGAAUUAUAUCUAAGGAUGCUGCUUUAACCACAAUUAUGUAUUUACUGGUGCAUAAUCUAGAAAAGAGUGUGGAUUUCGUAUGCAAAGAACUUGGUAUAUGUCCAAAUUUCCAACAUAUGAACCUCAUUAGUGAAGAUAGGCAUAAAAAUGUUUGGGGGGGGGAGGAGUGGGAAGAAGACUUAUAGUGGCAUUAGAAUCCAAAGAUAUCUGGGGCCUUUGCGAGAAAAAGUAAAUGUCAGAGUUGGUAACAGAAUGUGAAAAGGGCCAUUUCAUUAUUUUUAGCCCAGACUUAUUUUUACCUCAGAUUAAUGUUGCCCACUUCUCCAUCACCCACCUGACUUAGCUCAAAAUGCCUUUUGAUUAUCUCCAGAUAAAAUCCAUCCUCAGAGAACAAAAACUUCCACCAUUGAGAAUAUGUGUGUAACACAUAUACAUACAUAAACAAGUACACACAUGAAUACACAUGCAUAUAUGUAUGUACUACUCCAAGUUGGGGGGAGAUUCUAGAAUUGGUGAAGUGAGAUUCUAGCUUAUCGGAGUGAGAAUUUUAAGGGACCAACACACUCCUUUAGAUGUACAAUUUAAUUUUUUUUUCUGAAAUAUACUUUUCUAAAAUCCCUCUUAUAACCGGUGGUUUUCUUCCUGUUUUAACUGGCGGUUUCCACUAGGUAAAAGAAAAUCACAGAAAAUGAUAGUGUUCUUUAAGAAAACUGAAAUGGAGUUGCUAGUACAAUGUUUAUCACAGUGGUUCCCAAACUCUCAAAAUAAUCGAAUUAAAAAACCUGGAAGAGUGCGGUGUCAAUUUCACCCACUCCCUCUCCUAGAAGCAGUUCACUUUGCUGCUAGGACAGGCAGAAAGUGUGUGUGACUCCCAAGCUAAUCUGUAUGGGUUCAAAUCCCGCCUCUGCUUCAUCUUAACUGUGUGACUUUGGAUAAAGGUCCUGCACCCCCUCUAUCAGAUUUCCCAUCUGUAAACUGGAGAUAAUGGUAACAUCCAUCUCACAUGGUUACUGGGAAGUUCAAAUUAGUGAAAAUCUGUAAAGUAUUUUCAUGAGUGUCUGGCGCUUGGCAAAUAUAUAAUUCUUUUUUUUAAAUUAAUUUUUGGCCGCAUUGGGUCUUCGUUGCUGCGUGGGCCUUUCUCUAGUUGCAGCAAGCGGGGGCUACUCUUCAUUGCGGUGCACAGGCCUCAUUGCGGUGGCUUCUCUUGUUGUGGAGCACGGGCUCUAGGCACGCAGGCUCAGUAGUUGUGGCACAUGGGCUUAGUUGUUCCGCGGCAUGUGGGAUCUUCCCGGGCCAGGGCUCGAACCCAUGUCCCCUGCACGGGCAGGCGGAUUCCUAACCACUGUGCCACCAGGGAAGUCCCUCUAAUUCUUAGCUAUUAUAAUAUGUCUUGUUUGAGAAAGAAAGCCUGUGUCUGUAGAUUGGAGAAUACUUUGUGAGAGCUACUCCUCUCACCACCACCCACACUCAAACAACUCCUUAUGCCUCUCUAUGAGUUCAAUUUAAAAAUGAUACUGGAGUCCCUGUUUAAUUGUUGAAGUGUGAAUAUAAAUAAAUAUUUGAUUGCAACAUCUUCCAAAAAUUCAUUUUAAUUUUAACCUAAAAUGUUGAUAUCUUUGAAUCAAUUGACAUGAUACGAAGCUAUUUUUCUUGUUUAAAUGUAUUUUAAAAUUUUAUAUUAAUGGCAUUGAAUUAUUCUUUAGCAGAGGUUGCCAGUUUGUAUGUAAAAUUUUAAAUGUGAAGUAAAGCAAUUGCAGAGGAAAAAUGAAAAAUGUUAUUACCACUCUACAGUUUCUGCUACCAGGUAGUGACUAUAAUGUUAGUACAGUAGUGUGGGAGAGAACAAGCUUUUUCAAAAUGCUUACCAAACAAACAACUUUUUAUGUAGAGGUUAGUCUAAAUGGGCAAUUUCCAAAUCUCUACUCCCUUCGCUUACCUUAGGAAGUUAAUGCCCACGGUUCUUAAAGUUUGGGGGUUUCCUUUUUCCUUGUCUAAUAUGGUCAGAUUCUUGUGUUUGCAUUAAUUUUGGCUUGGCUUUCUGUCUCUGUGUUCAGAGGGCAGUACCUUAGAAGGGCAUAGCCCCCAGUGAAGCUGGCAUGCAGAUUAUGAUAAUUUUCUACUAUCAGAAGAAAAAUGCCUGAUUACCAAAAAUCCCUAAUGAGUUUUAAAGAAUUAAUAGUACAGACUUUCCCCUGAGCUACCAAACCUCCUUUUAGUCCUGUUAUACUGAUUUGUUUCUACUUAUAGAGUUGCUACCUACUAGCCUUGUAUGUAUCAAUAUUGGGAGAGCUUCUGAAAAACACACUGAGCAAAAACGGUGAGUUGUAGAGAUGUGUGCAUGGUAUGAUACCAUUUAAAUAAAUUUUUAAAAAUCAAAGUAAUAUGUACAUUUUCUGUGAAUUCAUAUGUAUGCAACAUAUUAGAAAAACAU